GGGCGCGGGCUGCGCGGAGGUGGCAGCGCGGUUCGGGUUCGGCCUUGGGCGGGCGUCGCUGAGGCCGGCGCUAGCUCUUGUGGCCCGCCGCGUCAGGCCCGAGCAGAGCCGCCAUGGACUUCUCCCGGUUCCUGGCGGACGACUUCGACGUGAAGGACUGGAUCAACGCGGCCUUCAGGGCCGGGCCCAAAGAGGCGGCCGCGGGGACGGCGGACAGCCACGCGGCCACGCUGGUCAUGAAGCUGCAGCUGUUCAUCCAGGAGGUGAACCACGCCGUGGAGGAAACAAGUCACCAGGCUCUUCAGAGCAUGCCCAAAGUGCUCCGUGACGUCGAAGCCCUGAAACAGGAAGCAUCAUUUCUGAAAGAACAAAUGAUUCUUGUCAAGGAGGACAUUAAGAAAUUUGAGCAGGAUACGUCACAGUCCAUGCAGGUGCUGGUGGAAAUUGACCAGGUGAAAUCCAGGAUGCAGCUUGCUGCUGAGUCUCUUCAGGAAGCAGACAAGUGGAGCACGCUGAGUGCUGACAUCGAGGAGACAUUUAAGACUCAAGACACGGCUGUGAUUUCCGCCAAGCUCAUUGGCAUGCAGAACAGCUUGAUGAUGCUUGUGGAUACUCCGGACUACUCAGAGAAGUGUGUGCACUUGGAGGCGUUGAAGAACAGGCUGGAGGCCCUGGCCAGCCCCCAGAUCGUGACGGCAUUCACCUCCCAGUCUGUUGAUCAGUCCAAAGCAUUCGUGAAGGUCUUCAGUGAAAUUGACCGGAUGCCUCAGCUCCUGGCCUACUACUACAAGUGCCACAAGGCCCCACUUCUCACAACCUGGCAGGAGCUGUGUCAGAGCGACCUUCCACUGGACCGGCAGCUCACCAGCCUCUACGACGCCUUGCUUGGUGCGUGGCAUACGCAGAUCCAGUGGGCCUCACAGGUUUUCAAGAAUCCCCAUGAGGUGGUGACGGUGCUGCUGAUUCAGACGCUAGGGGCCCUGGUGCCCUCUCUGCCUGUGUGCCUCAGUGCCGGGGUGGAGCGGGCAGGGCCUGAGCUGGAGCUCAGCAAGCUGCUGGAGUUCUAUGAUACCACUGCCCACUUCGCCAAGGCGCUGGAGGUGGCUCUCCUUCCCCACUCACAUGAGCACAACCUGGUGAAAGUGGUGGAGCUGGUGGAUGCCGUGUAUGGGCCUUACAAACCCUACCAGCUGAAGUAUGGCAGCCUGGAAGAGAACAACCUCCUCAUCCAGAUCAGUGCCGUGCCCUUGGAGCAUGGGGAAGUGAUCGACUGCGUGCAGGAGCUGAGCCACUCGGUGAACAAACUCUUUGGCUUGGCGUCUGCAGCUGUUGACAGAUGUGCCCAGUUCACCAAUGGCCUGGGAACCUGCGGCCUGCUGACAGCCCUGAAGUCCCUCUUUGCCAAGUAUGUGUCAGAUUUUACCAAUGCGCUCCAGUCAAUCCGGAAGAAGUGUAAACUGGACGACAUCCCUCCCAACUCCCUGUUCCAGGAGGACUGGACGGCUUUUCAGAACUCCGUCAGGAUAAUAGCCACCUGUGGAGAGCUCCUGCGGCAGUGUGGGGACUUUGAGCAGCAGCUCGCUAACAGGAUUUUGGCCACCGCUGGGAAGUAUCUGUCUGACUCCUACAGCCCUCGGAGCCUUGCUGGCCUUCAGGAGGGCAUCCUGGCAGACAAGAAGAGCCCGGCCAGGAACCCGUGGCAGGAGUAUAACUACCUCCAGAAAGACAGCCCCGCUGAGUAUGCCAGCUUGAUGGAGAUGCUUUAUACUCUCAAGGAGAAAGGCUGCAGUAAUCACACCCCACUGGCCUCCUGUCGGGCAGCACUGACCCGGCUUAACCAGCAAGCCCACCAGUUGGCCUUUGAUUCUGUCUUCCUGCGCAUCAAACAGCAGCUGCUGCUCGUUUCCAAGAUGGACAGCUGGAACACAGCUGGCAUUGGAGAAACGCUAACCGAUGAGCUGCCCGCCUUCAGCCUCACUCCCCUGGAGUACAUCAGCAAUAUUGGGCAGUACAUCAUGUCUCUGCCCCUAAAUCUCGAGCCCUUUGUCACCCAAGAGGACUCUGCCUUGGAGCUGGCCUUGCAUGCUGGGAAACUCCCAUUUCCUCCUGAGCAAGGAGAUGAGCUGCCUGAGCUGGACAACAUGGCUGACCAUUGGCUGGGCUCCAUCGCCAGAGCCACGAUGCAGACCUACUGCGAUGUGGUCCUCCAGAUCCCCGAGCUGACUCCACACGCCACCAAGCAGCUGGCCACCGACAUUGACUAUCUGAUGAACGUGAUGGACGCCCUGGGCCUGCAGCCCUCGCGCACCCUGCAGAACAUUGGGGCCCUGCUGAAAGCCCGGCCCGAGGACUACAGGCAAGUGAGCAAAGGCCUGCCACGCCGCCUGGCCACCACGGUGGCCACCAUGAGGGGAGUGAGCUUCUGAGCCCAGACCUCCCACAGAAGAGGUCAGGGAUGGUGUCUGCAGCCACAUCAGACGGCCGGGACACCUGCCGGCCACGGGGAGGGUUGGCUCUGAAAUGACUUGGCUGUUUUGUAUACUGAAGAAAGGGUUGUCAGCUGGGCGAGGCAGGACACUCCUGUAAUCCCAGCACUCUGGAGGCAGAGGCAGGAGUCCAGGACAGCCUGGGCUGCAUGGCCAGACCAUCUCCAGAAAACAUUAUACAAAUGAGAGAAGUAUAUUAUUUAUUAGAACUUGCCAGAUGAUUUUGUAAAGAAUGAUCUUAAACAUGAAUUAAACACUGAAAUGAUCAGCUGCUUUCUUCCUGA